CUUCCUGUCAAGUCUACAGUAACGUUAUCUUUGCCUCCAACCUGAUAUUACAGUGCUUUUUUAUCCUGAAGUUAGUUACUUCACGUUUCACCGUUAGCUUUGUACAUAUUGUUAAUAGUAUUUAACGUUCGUUUUUGUAUAUAGUGUUUUUGAUCAUUUUGAUAAUCACCUCAGUGUCUUAGAUAACCGUUCAGCAACGUUAGCUAGUCACUCAGUGUAGCACCAAGGUUAGCCUGAUUUUCGCAAUGUCCUAAAAAAAAAACUGCAGUAUCCAGAAAUCCGCUGCUCGCCUGCUCACCCGCUCCCCUGACCACAUCACCCCCGUCCUCCAGAACCUCCACUGGCUCCCUGUCCCACAACGAAUCCAAUUCAAAGUCCUCCUCACUUACAAAGCCCUCCAUAACCAGGCCCCCUAUCUCACCGACGUGCUUCACCACCACACUCCUUCCCGUAGCCUCCGCUCCUCUGAUGCCAACCUCCUGUCUCCACCACUGAAGGACAAGCACCGGACCCGACAGAGCCUCCUCCAUAGCUGCCCCCUCCCUCUGUAACCAAACAUAUCAGAGACUGCAGCGAUCUGUCCCUGUUCAAGUCACUUAUCAAAACUCACCUUUUCAGAACUUUUUAAAUGUGUGGUUAAUGUUGUGUUAUAUAUUUCUAGUGUGUUGUCUAUAUGAUCUUUUAACUUGUAUGUAAAGUGUCUUGGAGUACCUUGAAAAGCGCUUUAUAAAUAAAAUGUAUUGUUGUUGUUAUUAUUAUUCAUGCAUCUGAGAUAUUUGAAAUAAACAUGCUGUGAAUUAUCUGAAGCUUUAAUUAUCAUCUUCUGUGUUACAAAUCUGUCUGCCCUCAUAACAGAUGAACUUACAUUUCCAUCCGCUAGGUGGCAACAUAGCAUAACCCGGGAGCCUCUCGCCACUGUGCGUAUGUGGAGCUGCUGUAGACCAUCCUUGUGUUUUGUCGAUCUACUCUUCACUUCCUUUCCUGACGCAAGUGCCCGGCAAGCCUUUUCGCACGCCUUUAUUUGUGGCCGCUGUACAGCAAAACUGGAUUUUAUAACCAUUCAAAGUAGACAGACAAACCACAGGAUAACUUUUACACGGACGUAGACAAGCAUCCUUCAGCAAUGUCUCGUUUCUUUGCCACCGGGUCUGACAGCGAGUCAGAGGAGUCCACAUCCGCUGAUGAGAUCACCCCUAAAGCACCUGGGACAAAUUUCAAGCAGUCUUUGCUUCUUAGUGAUGAUGAGGAGGACACUAAGAGAGUGGUGCGCAGUGCCAAAGACAAAAGGUUUGAGGAGUUGACCAACCUCAUCAAGACUAUCCGCAAUGCUAUGAAGAUUCGUGACAUGGCCAAAUGUCUGGAGGAGUUUGAGCAGUUAUGUCGAGCCUUCCUCAAAAGCAAGAAUAUAGUGGACAAAGAGGGUGUUCCCCCUUUUUAUAUCCGUCUUCUGGCCGACCUGGAAGACUACCUAAACCAGCUUUGGGAGGACAAAGAGGGCAAGAAGAAGAUGAACAAAAAUAACGCAAAAGCCCUCAGUACACUACGUCAGAAGAUCCGCAAGUACAACAGAGAUUACGAAACGGAAAUAGCUGCGUACAAGGAGAACCCACAGGAGUCUGCAGAUGAGGAGGAGGAGAAGGAGCCUGGGGAUUCUGGCUCAUCUUCUGACAGCGACGCAGAGGAAGGCGAUGAGGGAGUGUCGGCCAAGUCCUUCUUAAAGAAAAAGCCUGAGCCUUCCUCAGAGGCCAGCAAGUUCCUCAAGUCUGCCAAGGGAUCCGGGGAUGAGUCCUCUUCUAGUGAUGAUGAUGAUGAAGACUGGGGCUCAGACACUGUAGACAGUGGCAGUGAGAGCUCAGAUGAUGGGGAGGGAAAGAGCUCUUCCCUGGCCAUGGUCUUCCUCAAGAAGACCCAGGAGAGUGAGAAGUCUGGUGAAAAGAAGCUCGGGAAGAAGAAGAAGCCCAAAAAGAAAGAGCGGCUAGAGGAGGAAGCUGAGGAGGAGGGAGGAGAGGAGGUUGAGGGAGGCUGGGAGAAAGUGAAGGGAGGCGCCCCUAUGGUCAAGGAAAAGCCCAAGAUGUUUGCCAAAGGCACAGAGAUCAACACAACAGUGGUGGUGAAGAAGCUGAAUGAGAUCCUGCAAGCAAGAGGCAAAAAGGGCACAGACAGAGCUGCCCAGAUUGAACUGUUCCAUGCUCUGGCAGCCAUCGCUGCUGAAAAUAAUUUGGGCCAGGGUAUCCUGGUAAAGAUUAAGUUCAACAUCAUUGCCUCCCUGUAUGACUACAACCCCAACUUGGCGGCCUUCAUGAAGCCCGAUAUGUGGAAGAAGUGCCUGGAAUGUAUAGACGAGCUGCUGGACAUCCUCUUUGAACACAACAACAUCUUCAUUGGGGAGAACAUUGCAGAGGACAGUGAGAAUCUGGCCGUCUUGGACCAGCCAUUCAGGGUGCGUGGAUGCAUCUUAACGCUGGUAGAGAGGAUGGAUGAAGAGUUUACUAAGAUCAUGCAGAACACUGAUCCCCACUCGCAAGAAUAUGUUGACAAUCUGAAAGACGAGGGACGGGUUUGUGGCAUCAUUGACCGGCUGCUCACCUACAUGGAGAACAAGGGCAGCACAGAGGAGAUUUGCCGCAUCUACCUUCGCAGAAUCAUGCACACCUACUACAAGUUUGACUACAAGGCCCACCGGCGCAGCCUGGGCCUCCAGGGAGAGUCCAAGUCUGAGCAGGACCAGGAGGAGAGCGAGGGGGAGGACAGCGCUGUGAUCAUGGACCGUCUCUGCAAGUUCAUCUACGCCAAGGAUCGCACCGACCGCAUCCGUACCUGCGCUAUCCUCUGCCACAUCUACCACCACGCUCUGCAUUCACGCUGGUACCAGGCCCGCGACCUGAUGCUGAUGAGCCACCUGCAAGACAACAUCCAGCAUGCUGACCCACCCGUACAGAUCCUGUACAACAGAACCAUGGUCCAACUUGGUAUUUGCGCAUUCAGGCAGGGCAUGAUUAAAGAUGCCCACAAUGCCCUGUUGGACAUCCAGUCCUCUGGCCGCGCUAAGGAGCUCCUAGGUCAGGGUUUGCUCAUGAGGAACAUGCAGGAGAGGAAUGCAGAGCAGGAGAAGAUUGAAAAGAGAAGACAAGUGCCAUUCCACAUGCACAUCAACCUGGAGCUGCUGGAGUGUGUGUACCUGGUGUCAGCCAUGCUGCUGGAAAUCCCCUACAUGGCCGCCCAUGAGUUUGAUGCCCGUCGCAGGAUGAUCAGCAAGCAGUUCCAUCACCAGCUCAGGGUGGGAGAGAGACAGCCACUGCUGGGACCCCCAGAGAGCAUGAGGGAGCACGUGGUGGCAGCCAGCAAGGCCAUGAAGAUGGGAGACUGGCGUACCUGCCACUCAUUCAUCAUCAAUGAGAAGAUGAACAGUAAGGUCUGGGACCUGUUCCCCGAGACGCAGCGAGUACGCGAGAUGCUUGUCAGGAAGAUCCAAGAGGAGUCACUGAGGACUUAUCUGUUCACAUACAGCAGUGUAUACGACUCCAUCAGCAUGCAGACACUAUCUGAGAUGUUUGAGUUGGAGAUACCCACAGUUCACAGCAUCAUCAGCAAGAUGAUCAUCAACGAGGAGCUGAUGGCAUCACUUGACCAGCCCACACAGACUGUGGUGAUGCACCGCACAGAGCCCACCUCCCUGCAGAACAUGGCCCUGCAGUUGGCUGAGAAACUGGGCAGCUUGGUGGAGAAUAACGAGCGCGUCUUCGACCUCAAACAGGGCGUCUAUGGAGGCUACUUCAACAGAGAUCAGAAAGGUGGCUACCAACAGAAGCAGUCGUACCAAAGAGAUCAGAAAGGUGGUUACCAGCAGAAACAGGGAGGCUACCAGGGAGGCUACCAGGGAGGCUACCAGGGGGGCUACCAGGGAGGCUACCAGGGAGGCUACCAGGGAGGCUACCAGGGAGGCUACCAGGGGGGCUACCAGCGAGGCGGCUACAGAAAUCAAAACCAAAGCAACUACUGAGCUUCAAACGUGUGGAUUUCAGUCUUGCCACCCGAACUAGUCUUCAUUCCAUAAUAACAACAACAACCUGGGUUUCUGUGUUCAGCACUUGGCUGUGUUGUUUCUUUCGCUGAUCAUGAAACAGCUGACAAUUAUCGCAGUACCCAAGCCCUUCACACUGCAACGGCAUAGUGUGGUAUUUCAAUACGGCCAACUUCUUUGGAUAAACGUGAAGUUUUGAAGGUUUUUAUUGCUAAUAAAGGCAUUGCAGUGUGGUUGGCUUGUGGCAGUACAGUUGGGCAACAGACACGUCAAGUAUUGUUGACCUAUACUUAUCAAAUAAAAUAUAAUAAACUGUG